AUUGAGAACAGCUACUGCACGCCCUUCACAACCUACCAAAAUGGGACACCCAUGGCUCCAUGCGGCGCUAUUGCCAACAGCAUGUUCAAUGAUACUAUUGACCUUUUUUACCACCUUAACUCAUCUGUUAUUCAAGUACCACUGCUGAAGACUGGAAACAGCUGGUGGACAGAUAAAAAUGUGAAAUUUCGCAAUCCAAAAUCAUACAAUCUCUCUUCUGCAUUUGCAGGGACAGCAAGACCUCCUUACUGGCAGAAACCAGUAUAUUUGUUAGAUGAGGAAGAUGAAAGGAACAACGGUUAUGUAAAUGAUGACUUCAUUAUCUGGAUGCGAGUGUCAGCCUUUGCUACCUUCAGAAAUCUUUACCGUCGUGUCAGUCGGAUAAGGCAGUUUGCAGAUGGCCUCCCAGCAGGGAAUUACACUUUUCGUAUUUCUUACAAUUUCCCUGUUACCAAAUUUAAGGCGAGGAAGCAUGUGAUUCUUUCGACUGUGGUAUGGAGUGGAGGAAGUAACCCAUUCCUGGGAAUUGCCUAUGUGGUUUCUGGCGCAGCAGCAACCCUGGCAGGUUUUGUCAUAACUGCCAUCCACUUAAAGCUCAGAAAAAGGAAAACAUACUUUCAGAAGUAAUAAGGUUCCCUAGCUUUCUAAACAAAGGCAAAGGUGUGCUGUGGGAGAAGAACAUGCAGCACUGACCUUUCAUUCUUUCCCUUGAGCUCUGGAUCUGUUUCAGUAACAGGUUUGGUGAA